GACAGGGAUGAAGCGAAUAACAGUCCGGGAGAAGAUGGACUACAUACGUGUACACUAAACCGCACUAAACUGGAUCAUGGUUUUGUUACACGGAUUCUGGAUUCUAUACAUACUAUUUUCACUGCAAAGUUGUAAUGGUGUACAGGUGAUUGUGAAAGAUGAGAAGAAGUUUGAUAUGCUGUUCAGCUCCAUUGUUCUUCCGUGUCAUUACACCACCCACUCCUCUCAAACCGCCGUGGUGCAGUGGUGGUACAAGUCCUACUGUACAGACCGUACUCGGGAUUCCUUCACAUUUCCUGAGUCCCUGGGAGUCCAUGUAUCUGAUCUGGGAGCCACGUCUCAUCUGGACUGCUCUGACAACAGCCGCACAGUCCGCAUAGUGGCUUCAGCACAGGGAUCUUCCAUGACAUUAGCAGAGCACUACAAAGGAAGAGACAUCUCCAUCAUUAACAAAGCAGAUCUUCACAUUGGACAGCUGCAGUGGGGCGACAGCGGUGUGUAUUUCUGUAAGGUGAUCAUUUCUGAUGACCUGGAAGGGAAAAAUGAAGGCCAGGUGGAGCUACUGGUGCAGGGUAGGACAGGUGUGCUGGAUGACAUCCUGCCUGAGUUUGAUUUGGAGAUUAUGCCAGCUGGCAGCCUAUCAGAACUGAGCUCUCUGCAUGAUGGUGACAUAGACUUCAGGCAGACCUAUCGGCAGGUCCAGAGGAAGGCACUACCACCCAUCAGUGACCAAAUGGAAGAGCUGCGUAUCCGAACAGCAUCGAUUGGUGACGGGCUUCGACCCUCACAUUAUCAGAGCAAUCACUCUCUGGAUGAGCAUGACAACAGAUGGAACUGUCGUUCUGAACACCUGCCCCGCAAAGCCUUUGAUGCUAGGGGGCGCACAGGGUCACUAGAUGAGCUGGAAGAGUUUGCUAUUAGCUUCACAGUUCGCAUCUGACGAAUCUGCUGGAAAGGGAAGUAAAAUAGCUCACGU